AUGAAGAUCAGAAAAGCCCCUUCUAAAAAACUUGCACCUUUACCACGUCAAUUGGAAGACCUGAUCAGGCGAUUGGAGACAGAGCCAAAGGAAAAAAUCCCUUCAUUAGUUCAAGAAUUAUCAUCUUGGCCAUAUCCUAGAGGCGAUUUAUUUCAUUGGGUUAAAGUUCUUGACCGAUGUGAUCUGAUUUUACAAGAAGUUUGUGAUGAAUAUAAUCUAAAACAAAUUCAAACAAAGCAUUUUACAGAUCAAACAAAAACACUUAUAUUAUCCAUCAUCGAUCUUUCCUGUACAUUAUUUGAAAACUGCACAAAUAGAAAUAUUUAUAAUUCUUAUGAGUAUUUGUGUAUGUUGUUAAAUACGUUUGAUAUUGAUGUGUUACAACAAGUGCUUUACUUUAUGGUUCGACCUGCUCAAAGAAUCAAUAACCCAAGAGCCAUUCGUUCGUCGUUUUCUGUACCUCAAGAUAAAAUUAUAGAAUUGGCUCGAGGUUGGGCUAAUGUUCCUGUUGAUUUGAUAAAUAUUGUUCAAGAUUUGGAAGUUUCACCUAAAAUGAUGACCUUUGUACUUCAAUUUUACCGUGCGACAUCAUCUUUGACAACAAAUAACACCAAUAAUAAUGAAUCAGUUACUGAAGGAAACGAAAUCAUAGGUGCAACUAUAACCGAUGAAGACUUGAAAAAAGAUGACAUAGAAGUAUUUUUAAAAUUAGUUGAAGAACAUAAUGUGCCACAAGAAAACCAGUUCGAAUUAGCAAAUAGAAUUCGUAUUACAAAACACUUGAAGGAACCAAAAAAAAGAAAGCAGUUAUUUGGUAUUCGUCUUUUGGCUUUAUCUAUUAUGGCUAAUGCUGUUUCUGAAACCACUGCACAAAACAAAGUCUUUAUAUUUGAACCACAUUUAGUCUCACAAUUAGCUGAAUUAAUUUCUCCUGAAAAGCAAACGGAUAUUACUAUUCAAACUUAUACUCUAUAUGCUAUGGAUGCUUUAAUAAAAUAUAGAAUUAAACUCCCAGAAGUUUUAACCGCCGUAAAUGCAUCAACAAAUCAUGGCACAUUAAUGCGAAUUUUACGUAAAAUCAAUUCAAAUGAAGCAUACCCUCAACCUUUCAUAGAUGCUUUGUUUGUGUUUGUAUCUUAUUUAUUACAAACGCAAACAGGUGAACAAAUGUUAAUUUCUGCUGGCAUUAUUCCUACUUUAGUUCAAAUUUUGGGUAAUCAUGAAUAUACUCUGUACAAGAAUAUAGCAAAGCUUGUCGGCCUUAUGGACUCUGUUGUUAAUUCAUUUUCUUCUUCAUUUACCGCCUUCUGUAAUGUGAACGGUUUGGAUACAUUGCUAAAUCGUGUUAAACUGGAGGUGGAAGCUUGUUCAGAAUAUAUUAUGAAAGACGAUGAAAUUUCUGCACCUUAUAAUAGAUUAUCAGCUGUUAAAGCGAUGCUCAAGUUUUUAUUGCGUAUGAUGGAUACCUCAGGCACCACAGAUGGACUUCGCAAUUUGAUUGAUUCCAAUUUGCCUCAUUCUCUCAAACUUAUUAUGGAGUAUCCUAAAUUAUUUGGAAGCACCAUACUUGCGCUGGCUAUUAAUAUUAUAGCUACAUUUAUUCACAAUGAACCCACCUCAUUAAGUAUUUUACAAGAAGCUCAGUUACCUCAAAGCUUUUUAAACACAAUUUCUACUUAUGAUAUACCUAGCAAUGAAGUGAUGCUAGCAUCUAUCAAUGCGUUUGGUGCUGUUUGUCUUAAUACACAAGGUCUUGAAAUGUUUAACAACGCUAAUCCUAUACCACAUUUUUUCGAAUUGAUGACUAGUGAAGAAUAUGUUAGAAAUACUUCAGAUUUAGAUGGUACAACUGCAUUAGGUGCUACAAUGGAUGAAUUAGUUCGACAUCAGCCGACUUUAAAACCUACAUUAUUUCAAUGUAUCGAUGAUUUAGUUCAAAAAAUGAUCAAAAUGGGUAAUGAUGUGAACGGUAACGGUAAACCGAAAGAUAACAGUCAUGUUAUACAGACACGCGCAAAAAAUGGUGAACAAAGUGAUGAGAAUAUGUCAUCUACACCAAUAGAAAAUGCAAUGACUGAUAUUUUAGUAAGUGAGGAAGGUGAAAGAAAACUGAUCAAAGUGGAUUAUCUGUAUGUAUUGUUUGUUGAUCUUGUUGGCCGAUAUUUAGAAGGAAUAUUUCAGAACCAAAAUAACAUCAACGAGUUUGUCCGUCAAGUUGGUUCUGAGAAAUUGUUAUCCAUCUAUAGCUCUCCUCUUUUACCAGCUACAUUUUGUACAACAGUGGCUAAUAAUACAUAUGCUUAUGUUUUCCGUCUGAUAUGUGACGUUAGUCCUUUACCUACUGUUCUUGCAAUUGCAAGCAAAGCUAAGGAAUCCAUUCGCUUUAUUACUGAAAGAAAAGAUGGGUAUCAAAAGAGUUGUUUAGUAGAAUUUGUAGAUGUAGAUUCUCAAGAAACCGAUAAAAUUGAACGUGGAAAUAAACUUCUUCAUCAAUUGAUUGAAAUGUUAGCUAUCGUUAGUCUAUUAUCCAAUCUCGCUUCAAUUAUAUUGACUCAGGGUAAGAAUGGGCCAUCACUUUUGACCGAAUUUUUGGCUGCGUCAGAUGAAGGAAAUAUCAUUCAAGCCCUCGGACAACUCUAUCGUGUCAUCGUUUGGGAAACCUAUCUAUUAAAAGAAGAAUUACCUGAUGACUGGUAUAACUUCAAAGCACCUAGUGCUACUACAAGAAAUGAUACAACUAAAACAACAGACCAUGGCUUAGUAGAAGAUAACUCAUCUAUGAACAAUCUUAAUGGCACUUCUAAGAAUGCAUUUGGUACAACAUUCGAAAAGAUCAUUUCACCUAAAGAUCCUAGAAUUAUCAAUAUCAAGCAUUUUAAAAUUUUAUUGAAAGAUAUACCUCAGCUGCUUAUGUCCAUUUUCCAAGGUCUUAUCAAAGUUUCAGUGAGUCGUCGUGCGGGUACAACGGUUACUAAAUCUCAGACAAUGGAAUUGGCUGAAUUCAUGGCAAAUUUGUUAAAGGAUAAUAUUACUUGGCAACCUAUCAACAAUCCUAAUGCACCUGCUUGUAAGUACGAUUAUUUAGCAUCUAUCUACAAUAUGAUCUCCUAUCUGUUAAGAGAUGAGCGCCCGCAGUCUCCAUUCCAAACACCACUUGCUAUUGCUUUUGAACAACAAGGUGGCGUGGACUUAUUGUUGGAAAAUCUCAAGCAAUUAUGGAAUAAAGCAUUAACUUUGUAUGAAGAGGAUAAAGAAGAAAAUAGAGGUCUUAUAAGUCGCAUUAAUAGUAGCAUCGAGAACCUUUUAAUCUUAAUACUUAAUAUCAGUUCACCCAAGCUAUUGCGUGAUUCAGCUUAUACAUCGAGUUUAAUUCAAAGAAAUAAAAAGGCAAAAGAUUAUUUCGAUCCUUAUCAAUGGAUUAUAUCAUUAGAACUCAAACUGACUCCUCUUAAGGACUAUUUAACAUGUUCCAAGUUACAUUUAUUUUCCAAGAAAGUGGGUCAAACGCUUAUCAAGAUCUUUCAACAACUCAUGAAAGGGGAAGGAGGAUUUACUAAUUCUUCGCAUUCAACAACAGCUAAUACUCGUCAUGGUGGAGGCAGUAGUGGUGGUGGUGGUGGUGAUAUAUUUGGUAAUUUGAAUACGCCGCUUAUGACUGCUCCUUUUACUUUACUUCGCGCCCCAGUUGUUGCUUCUGAACAUAAUAUUCAAACAUUACUUGAUAUGGGUUUUGAAAGAGCUGCUGCUGAACAGGCUCUUGUACGUUGUAACAACCAAGUUUCUCGUGCUGUGGACUAUCUAUUCAGCCAUCCAAUACCUGUAUUUAGUGCAUCAACAACUACAAACGCGUUACAGUCGACUGUAGAAACAUCAUCCCAUCAUACUGAUGAUGACAAUAACCCUGAUAAUGAAAGAAAUACUGAAGGAGAUGAGCAUCUUGGCGAUAGUGGUAAUACAGACGAUGAAAAUCAUCAUCAUAGUGAUAAUGAAGAUGAAGAUGAAGAUAAUGAUUCUGAUAAUGAUAUGGAAGACAUUACUAAUGAUUAUGUAGAAUCAUUAAAUAAUGAACUUCCUUUAUCAAAUGGAGCUAAUUUAAGACAUUUUUCUCUUAACUUCCUUGAUAAUGAUGAAGGUAGCACUAAUGAUAAUAACAAUGAAGAAGAAAAUGAUGAGAGUGAUGUUGAAGAUGCCGCUGCUUCUGAAAAUCUAGAAAAAAUUAAAUCAUUCCGUCAAGAAUUAUGCCAGUUACUACCUACACCACUCUUGGUUUUGUCUGAUAAACGUGAAGAUUUAAUGUUUGAUAUACGGGAUUUGUUGGCGCUUUUAGGCAAAUUUCAAGAUAUAAAAUCUACAGCUGAUGACUCAACUUCAGCUCAAGCAGCUAUAUCUGCUACAAAGACAUCAGUCAUGAUAAUAAACACAUUAUUGAAUCAAAUUUCAGAAAUUCAUAAGGAUGAAAGUAAAUCUUUACUUCUUGGUAGUCGUCUUCGUUUACUUGCUUUAUUACUUCGAGAACCAUCAAUGCAGAAAACUAUAAACAAAUUAUCAAAUCAAUUUUCAUUCUUAUUUGAUAUGCUCAACCUUAUAAAGCUUGAUCAAGAUGUGCCUUUGCCUUCCUGGUCUGCAGUUCUCUUUUUGGUUUUAGAAGUACUAAUUGCACAAGCAGAUGAACCUAAAAGGGAAAAAUUAGCUGUUCCUUGUCGACAUCCCUUACUUUAUUCGUCUUCAUCUGACACAGAAGAUAAAGAGGAAAACGAAAAAAAUAAUGAUAAUAAUACUGAUGGUGAGGAUGUUGUUAUGCAAGAUGUAAAACCAGCUUCUAAUACAAAAGUGAUUGAUAUUACCUCCGAACAACGUACCAGAUUAUUAGAAUGCAGUGUUUCACUUUUACGUAAAUCAGAAUUAUCUCGCGAUGAUAUUUAUGCUAUUCUACGCAUGAUUGUACGUCUGACAAAAGAUCACGAUUCUGCACUUCAUUUUGUUAGCAUUGGUGGUAUUCCUUUACUUUUUGUGAAGCCUCGUUCCAGUCUUGAUGGCUUACAAGGUCAACAGGCAUAUAUCAUUUUAAUUUUGCGCCACAUUGUUGAAAGUAAAACGGUUUUAAAGAGUACCAUGAAAGCCAUCAUUACAAACUGGUUUACAAAUCCUCGUCCUCGUAAUAUGGAUAUUAGUUCAUUUAUACGUAGUAAUGCUCAUAUUGCUCUUCGUAAUCCUUCCACUUUUGUUGACGUUACUACAAAUAUCUGUCGUUUAGCUCGCUAUGAUGAAUUUGAAGCUAAUCGUCAUAUCAAAUUGAAAAAACAAGAUGGAGAUGAAAAGAAUGUUGAAAUUGAUAUUUCCGGUGUUGCUACUACUUCUCAUACCAAGGAAAAGUCUCCUUCUGAAGUUGUUAUAUACUAUUUGUUGAAUGAAAUUAUGAAUAUUCAUUCUGAAGCUACUACUACAACUAUUAACAAAGAAGAGUUGACAGAGGAGCAAAAGAAGGAAGAAAAUAUCAAGUUUGUUUAUACAGGGUUCUUGCUACAAUGUCUUGUUGAACUUAUUUCUUCGUAUCCUUCUUGUAAAUAUGAUAUUUUCAACUUUUGUAAAAAGCAAAAUGGUCCACGCGCAACUACCUCAGAUGGAAAGCAUCGUUCCUUUGUAUCUAUGUUAAUUAAUGACUUGUUACCAUACAAUCAUACAAAUCCUACAUCUGAUGAAUCACGUAAACAGCAAGGUUUAUCAACUUGGACUGCUUCAACAUUAGUAGCAAUGUCUUAUGAUAACUCUUCCACUAGUGAUCUGACUUCUCAACAAAAAUCGGAAUUAAUUCAAGUUAGAAAAUAUGUUUUAGAAACUAUUAUUCGAGCUUUGAAAGAAGCAAUCGCUUCUACAGAGGCUCCAUCUAUUAAGUAUUCCAGGUAUCUUGCCUUUGCAGACCUUUGUCAUCGUAUAUUGAAUGCUAGACCUAAUUUUGGUCCUUUUGCACCUCGUUCGCUUGGUAGCAGUCAUAACACAUCCAAUAAUAAUGACAAAGAAGAGUCAACUUUGAAUAAUGCAAAAAUUAUGUUGGAUAAGAAUUUUGUUGCCGUUUUGACUUCAGCUGUUAGCGAUAUUGAUAUUAACUAUCCUCAUUCAAGAGCUAUCUUAAAUGCUUUGAUACGUCCUUUAGAACAAUUAACAAAGCUUGCUAUUAAAGCUGAGGAAGCUACUGAUACUGAUGAAGAAGAACAGGAUAAGAUGGAUAUUACAGAAGAAGAAAUACAUGUACCUAACACCUCUGCUGAAGAACAAGAUGAAGCGCCUGAUCUUUAUCGUAAUUCCGCUCUUGGUAUGUUUGAUGGUAGUGUUAUUGAUGAGGAAGAAUAUAAUAGUGAUGAAUACAGUGAUAUGUUUGGUUCAUCUGCAGAUGAAGAGGAAAAUUAUCCAGAAGAUGGUGAAAGUGAUUUAUCUGAUGAAGUGGAAGACGAGGAAACUGAAGAAAUGGAAACUAUGAUGCAUAGUGGUGAUUAUGAUAGUGAUGAAAUGGAUGAAGAUGAUGAAGAAUCUGAUGAUAUUGAUGCCGAAGAUGAGCUAAUUGAAGAUGAGGAUGAUGAAGAGGAUGAUGAUGAGGAGGAUGGACGUGAAAUGACUUGGCAUUUGGAAGAUAUCGAAGAAGAACCUGGAAUUGUUCGUGCUGCUGCUAUCAUUGAGGCUGGCGAUGAGAAUGAUGAUCAAGUUAAUAUUCGAAAUUUGACUGAUCCUUAUGAUGAAGAUGAAGAUGAUGAAGAAGAAGAAAUGGAUGCUUUGUCUGACUUUGAUGAUGCAUUUUCAAAUGCAGAAAACAUAUCUACCAAUGAUAUUAAUGAUGGUAUUUUACUUGAUGCUGAAGAUCUUGACACGCCCUUCUUACCUACUGAUUUGCAAGAUGAUUUGGAUAUUGAAAAUGAUGAUCUUUCUAGACCUCGUACUGUUCUUCAUUCUGCUUUUAGAAGACGAUUCGCUGAUGGUAGACGAUCUUUGCUUGAAGGGGUAGGUAGACCAUUUAGAACACCAGCACAAGUUCAAGGUCAAGAAGAUAUCAUUUCACAUCCUUUAUUAUCCAAUAAUAAUAAUAAUGGUUCAGGCUUCCCUGUUGGUACUAAUGGACGUAAUACAAUUGAAGAAGCGUUCAGCCGGAGAGCGGCGCAUAGUACAGGCUUGUCUAAUUGGCAAGAUUUCGAAGAUAUUAUUGGUGGUAGUGCUGUUCGUAUGCUUGAAGAUAUUUUGACGCGUGCAACUCCUAUUAGUCAAGCUAGUUCAUUACGCAUUGAUGUUCAAUCUACAUCUGGUGGCGCUUUACGCACUUUUGAAUUUGAUCAUAUUCCUACUUUGAAUGCUACAAAUAAUAACCAUAGAUCAUCCAACACAAGGGGUACUGGUGAAACAAAUGAUCAGGUACAAGAGAUUUUAACUAUUUUACAAGAUUUCCAGCCUAUGACAUCAGGAGAACGUUGGAAUCAAGAAGCACGUAUGAUGUAUGGAACUAAUAUUAGCGAAAAGGCAUUGAAGCUCGUAAAUGAGCUUCUAAAUAUUUUGAUCCCUAUUGCUAUUGAGGAUGAUAGAAAAGCUCGUGAAGAAGAAGAACAAAGACGUCAAGAACAAAGACAGCAAGAAGAAGAGCGACGUAAAGCCGAAGAACAAAAGUGGCAGCUUGAGAAAGAAGCUCGUGAAGCACAUGAAAUUGCUAAAUCAAAAGCUGAAGCUGAAGCAUCCGAGACUCCUAGUGCUGAGACUGGAUCCUUAUCAAAUAUUGAGCCUACAAUUGCAGAGAAUGACAUGUCAACUAGUGAGCCUCAGUCUCAAACAGAAACUACUUCUCAAACUAAUGUUGAAAGUACUGAUGCAGCGGCUGGAGAUAGUUUAAACACUGAACGUACUACUAUUACUAUUCAUGGUGAAGCUGUUGAUAUUUCUGGUACAGGUAUUGACGUAGAAUUUUUGGAAGCUUUGCCAGAUGAUUUAAGAGAAGAAGUCAUUAAUCAACAUAUACGUGAAAGACCAGCUCCUACACAGCCCAUCGAAGAUGACUCUAUUAGUCCUGAAUUCUUAGAUGCUUUGCCUCCCGAUAUUCGUGAAGAAGUUUUGCACCAAGAAGCUCUUGAACGUGAAAGGCGUGAGCGACAAAAUCGCCAAGCACCUGCAAAUACACCUGUAUCUACUAAUGUAAGCAAUAGCGGUGGUGGUGCCUCGUCGUUUGAAGUUAUCUCGUCUCAUAGAAGACCUGCUUCUGCUGAAGAUGAUACUAAAUCCUCCGGACCUGUUAAAAAGAAAGCCAAGUCUCGUCGUGUUGAUAGUACCGCACAGCUUCUUGAAAAGUCACAACUUAGUACUUUAGUACGAUUACUUUUUAUUCCACAAACUAUUUCUAAGUCUAUGCUUAAUCGAUUAUUGUUGAACUUGUGUGAAAAUAGUAAAACACGUAGCGAGCUUUUAUCAUACCUCGUAUGCAUACUCUAUGAUGGUGAUAAUGAUUUGAAUUCUGUUGAAAACAGCUUUGCUCUUCUCAAUUCUUUUGGUAAAAAUACCAAAUCUACUCAGUCUAAAUUUAGCAAGCAUACACUUAUGUCAACAACAUUUGCAGAUAACGCACCCAACUUUAUUGCUCAACGAUGUUUAGAGGCAUUAACAUACAUUAUAUCAUGUAAUGAUCAAUCUAUGACUUACUUCUUAACUGAAAGUGAAGCAUUGGCUAAUCUAAAGCGGGUUUCAUCCAACAGAAAAGGCAAAAGCAAAGAAAAGGUGCCUGCUAACUGGAACAGAUACCCUAUUUUGUUAUUGAUGAGUCUUUUGGACCGUUCAGUUUUUAUUCAUAAUUCAUCCUUGAUGGAACAACUUAUGGAUUUAUUGUCUACAAUGUGUCGCCCCUUCCCAGUUUUAGUUAAGAAAUAUAAAGAAAAGUUAGAGAAUAAGCAGAAAGAUCCUAGUUUGUCAGAAAGACCUAUGCCUAAACCACCUACAAUCCCUGACUAUUAUCUUAAGCUUGUUGUCCAUGUACUCACCAAUGGUGAAUGCUCAAGUAAAACUUUCCAAUAUACUUUAAAUGCUAUUUCUCAUUUAUCUGCCCUAGAAGGUGCUCAGUCAACAAUUGUUUCUGAACUUGUAGAGGAUGCCAAAAAAUCUGGUGAUCAUAUUUUGAAAGACCUUGAGACUUUAUUCAAAUUAUUGACUACAACGAUGGAUGGUACUGAAGUCAGCAGUUUUGCAAUUGCUCCUUUCUCAGCUGCUACAUCUCAUCAAGCUAAACUGCUACGUGUUCUAAAAACAUUGGAUUACAUAUUCAAUCGCAAGCUCCCCACAGUUUCUGAAAGUGAAACAAAUAAGGAUGAUUUAAUAAAAGUCCAAAUCGAAAAUGAAUCGCGUGUUACUGAAAUUUGUGAAAACCUCAAUUUCUUACCAUUAUGGGAUACACUUGGUAAAUGUCUGUCUAUUAUUCAUGAAAAAGAAGACUUGAUUAAUGUUGCUACUGUGUUAUUGCCUUUGAUUGAAUCAUUCAUGGUCGUUUCAAAAUGCACUGCAGAAAGAAAACAUAAUAUUGUUAAUGGAAAACUGCAAGCUUUUCCUUCUGAUCCAACUAGUAAAUUAUCUCAUAUUUACCCUCGACCAUUCUUUUAUACUUUUACGGAGAAGCAUAAAAAGGUUCUGAAUAUCAUGGUUCGUAAGAAUCCUUCACUUAUGAGUGGAUCAUUUUCUUUAUUAGUUCGUAAUCCCAAGAUGCUUGAGUUUGAUAACAAGCGCAAUUAUUUCGUACAACAACUCCAUAAGCGUUCUGGACCCCGUGAAAACUACCCACAAUUACAACUUAAUGUUCGUCGACAUAAUGUUUUUGAGGACUCCUAUCAUCAACUUCAAGGUCGUACUGGUGACGAGUUUAAGCAUGGUAAACUUGCUGUUCGUUUUUAUAAUGAAGAAGGUGUUGAUGCAGGGGGUGUUUCUCGUGAAUGGUUCUCUGUUUUAGCUAGACAAAUGUUUGAUCCAAAUUAUGCACUUUUUGUUAAAUCUGCUGCUGAUAAGUUGACUUACCAGCCUAAUCGUGACUCAGCUGUUAAUCCUGAUCACUUAAGCUUCUUCAAAUUUGUAGGUCGUAUAAUUGGCAAGGCUAUAUAUGAUGGUCGUCUCUUAGAUGCCUACUUUACUCGCUCGUUCUAUAAGCAUAUUUUAGGACGUAGUGUUGAUUAUCGUGAUGUUGAAGCAUUAGAUCCAGAAUAUUAUAAGAGUUUAGUUUGGAUGUUAGAAAAUGAUAUCACCGAUAUUAUUGAUUUAACAUUUAGUAUCGAAACAGAUUAUUUCGGCACUAAAGAGACCGUUGAUUUGAAACCCAAUGGUAGAAAUAUCCCUGUAACAGAAGAAAACAAGCAUGAAUAUGUGGCAUUAGUAACAGAGCAGAAGUUAACUACAGCUAUUAAAGAUCAAAUCAAUGCUUUUGUUCAGGGUUUCCAUGAUAUUAUUCCCGCUCAUUUAAUUCAAAUUUUCAACGAACAAGAAUUAGAACUCUUAAUUUCUGGUUUACCGGAUAUUGAUAUUGAUGAUUGGAAAAAUAAUACUGAGUACCAAGGUUAUACUAGUUCAUCACCUCCUGUUCAAUGGUUCUGGCGUGCUGUUAGAAGCUUUGAUCAAGAAGAACGUGCUAAAUUACUUCAAUUUGCUACUGGCACCUCCAAGGUACCUUUGGAGGGAUUUAGUCAACUUCAAGGCUCAAAUGGUGUACAAAAAUUCCAAAUUCAUAAAGAUUUUGGCGGAGAAAACCGUCUUCCAUCUGCACAUACAUGUUUUAAUCAAAUAGAUUUACCUCAAUAUGAUUCUUAUGAAAGCUUACGUACAAACCUCUUUAAAGCGAUUAGCGAAUGCUCUACUGGCUUUGCUUUUGUAUAA